AUGAAUGAAACCACGGACACCAUCCAGAACGAGGCUCCCACGGACUCGUGGAAGCUGAAAUUCUGCACGGUAUGCGCUUCAAAUAACAACCGUUCGAUGGAAGCCCACCUUCGCCUGGCUGGCGCUGCCGCUGCCUUCCCAGUCAUCUCCUUCGGCACCGGUUCGCUUGUCCGACUCCCAGGUCCGACAAUCACUCAGCCCAACGUGUACAGCUUCAAUACCACCUCCUACAACCAAAUGUACGAGGAGCUGCACGAAAAAGACGAGCGCCUGUACCGCACAAACGGCAUCCUAAAUAUGCUCGACCGCAACCGCAACCUGAAAUGGGGCCCCGAGCGCUUCCAGGACUGGGUCCCUGGCCUCCCGCGUGUCGAACACGUCGCCAAGGGCGACAAGGGCUCCCUAGGCACAGAAUCAGGUGUUGUGGAUGUGAUCAUAACCUGUGAAGAACGUUGCUGGGACGCCGUCGUCGACGACCUCAUGAACAAAGGCAACACGCUCAACCGCCCGGUCCAUGUCUUCAACGUUGAUAUUAAGGAUAAUCAUGAAGAAGCGUUAGUGGGUGGCAAUGCCAUUCUGGAUCUUGCCAAUCGUCUCAAUGAAUCGGCCAUUGCGCAGCGAGACCUUCAUGGGCCUGGUGGAUGGGAGAACGGGACAGGUGCAGCCCGUCUGAGCUUUGAUGAAAGCGUCCCUGAGAUCUUGGCGGAUUGGCAGGAGAAGAAUCCCAAUCUGCCGGCGUUGUGGACUUUGGCGUGGCUAUAG